UGCAUUAGUCUGUGACAGAGGGGUUGGCUAUGGGAGGGGCAUCUAUGCUAUCAGUUAUUUGCACUUGUGUAUGUUUGUGUGUGUCUCUCAAAAGUCAUACCUCACGCCAGUUUAUAACAAAGCAUAAACAAUAUUUUCCUUAGCAUAUUCAAGAAUGUUUCCAUACCUUCUUGUGGAAAUUCUUCUAGGGUCAUGCUACUGCAGCAAAGAAGGUAGUAAGACGUUGGGACGUCCAGAGUUGUUUGGCCCUUCAGUGGUUUUAGUUAAUGACAUUGUUGACUUUAAAUGUCAACUGCUGAGCUAUCCAAAGAAUGAAACUGUCCUGCUGGAGUUCUUCAAGGAGGGAAAUCGUAACAAGUCACUGGGGUUCUACAGUUCCUCAGAUGGGGAAGUUGCGACGUUCCCCAUUGUAAUCAAAACUUAUCAUCAAGGCAACCUGGAGUGUGUGGGCACAGUGCAAAACAAUUCUCACGUAGAGCCCUCUGUGAGUUAUCCUCAUAACCUCAAGGUCAUUGAGCCAGUUGCAGGCGCAAAGGUCAUCAUUGAAUUUGGUGGAGAUGAGUUCUUUGAAGGGGAGACACUGCAACUGAGGUGUACUCUGACAUCAGGAAACCAUGCCUUUUUCAAGUGGCUAGUAAAUGGUCAGCCUGUCUUACAGUCGCCGCUCCAUCAUGUUGUAAAGGACCAGCUUUUUAUUUACAGGUCUACCUCCGCAGACAGCGGCUCGUACAUGUGUGUUGCUACAAAUCACUAUAAUGCAACAAGAGUCUUCACAUCCAACAGCUUAGAAGUACAAAUCACUGUCAAAGAUGUCAUAUCAGUCCCUGACAUUUCCUUUAGUGUGCUGACAGAGGAUUCCUUGAACUAUUUUGCUCUGGUCACAUGCCAGUCAAUAAGAGGCACACUGCCCGUCACCUUUUCCCUCUACAAAGGAACAGAAUUGGCUUACAAUACGACAGUUGAUGAAAGAAAAGCUACCUUCAAGAUUCCUUUGGUUUUAGACAGACACUUAGGAUGGUUCCAGUGCCAAGCCAAUAAUGGUAAUGAAGUCGCAUACAGUCAAUGGCUGCCCUUAGAAGUUGUUAGUGUUGGUGGGCCCGUGGCCAUGCACUAUGACUAUGACAUUGGAGAAAACUAUGCUGUAGUUGGCCUCAGGUUCUACUGCAAGGCGACAAAGGGAUCUUAUCCACGGUACCGGUGGUUCCUCAACAAAACACUUCUCCAAGAUCGAGGAGACUUUUAUUACAUAUUCAAUCAGCAACCAGACCAGUCCAUCCUCAUGCUCUCUGUAGAGGGGAGCAUUGCUGGGACAUACCAUUGCGAAGUGUUUGACAUGUUUGACAACACCACUACCAUUAGCAGCAAAAAGAAGUAUAUAGACAGAAAUGUGCUCAAUCGUCUCCCAGUUUCUGUGGUGGCCGUUGUGUUCGGAUGUUUCACUUUUUUGGUUGUCCUGGUCUCUGCUUGUUGUUUCAUUGGAGUGUUGUUCAGGGAAACAAAGAAAGGAGAGAAGUCUAUUUUGAACCAGAAGCUGAGCCAUGCAUAUGAAGAUGAACUGGUUUGUCAAAUUUCUGGAUCUUCGUCAUCAAGGCUGAUCAUAUCAGGACAUGUCGGAGUACCAUGAGGACAUUAAUAUGGUGAGGUUGGCCAGAUGGGAAGAAUUAGAUUCGGUAUCAGAAGCUUCUGCAAAUGAUGGGAUGUUUGUGGACGAAACAGCUGAUGAGCCCUGAGGGAAAAAUCCAGUUUUUUCUUUGUUUCUUAAAAACAAAGAUGUUGCUUGACGGAGGACGUGCAUCCCAGUCAAAAGGAUCCGGGUUUAAGUAGUCGCUUGGGCCUUUCUUUGUAAACUACAAAGAUAUACUUUGAAGCUAAAGAAGUUCAACCAUAUAAUAAUGCAAAUAUUAAAUACAGUACUAUCAAAUGUCAGGUCAAGAUUUAGGCUGUGUGAGUCACAAGCGAUUUAU